GAAUCUUUAAGGAAAAAAAAGUUGAAACAACACCAGAGAAUCAGACAUGGCGGGGACACCGGCCGCUCUGUGACUUCAGCCCGGGCUCCGAGCGUCUGUCGGCGGGGAGACGGAGUCAGGCAGCCCGGUGAUGGCCGCUGGAGCUCUGAGAGGCGGCGGCCGGGCGGCGGAGACCCGAUGGAGGAGACACAUCGUCGGCCAGCUGAAGCUGCGAGACCUGAGGCAGCACGACAAGUUCCAGGAUCUGAUCCGCUUCUACACUCGGCUGCUGGAGAAAACCAGUCUGACCAACGCCAGAUGUCCGUCCUCCGACAGCAGCCUCUCCACUCUGCUUCACCAGAACAACCAGCUGAAGAAAACUACAGGAGAGCUGGCUUACCAGGUGGUGCAGCUUCAGCAGCAGAUUCAAAUCAAAGACAGUGUUCUGGAGGAGCAGCAUGCCAGGCGGCAGCAGGAGGAGUGUCGACUGCAGGGUGUGUUUGAUUCACGGCUGGUGCUGCAGGGUCGGGUGGAGAUGGUCCGGGCGGAGAUGGGUGCGUUGAAGUCGGAUUACGACGUGCUGCUGGAGCGUCAGCGUGGGGCGGAGACUAAACUACGGCAGGAGGAGCUGCGGGGGAGAGACCUGCUGCAGGACGUGAUACACCUGAAGCAGCGGGAGGCCGCAAACAUGAACACCCGUAAUGAGCGCCGCUGCAGAGCUCGAGAGGCGGCGAGGUCGAAGGUCGCCUGUGGAGACGAGGGCAGCGCUCCGACCUCCAGAUCCUCGUCUCCGAAACUCCAGCCAGAGUCUGACCCCCAACCCCCCCGACCACCCCGGCUCUUCAGGUCAGCGUCCGCAAUGUCUCCGAGGAUCCUCACCUCCAUCAGAGAGCUGUUCGAGAGGAGGCGGGGCCUCUCGGUGAGCAGUCUGCAGGAGGAUCGUCUGUUUCCUGUUGGUGUCUGUCUGUCAGCACGACUUCCUGCCAGAGCUCUGCACGUGCUGGAAGCUCAUGAGCAGGGCAUUAACGCUGUGAGGUUCAACUCCAGCUCCCAGCUGCUCGCCACCGGAGGAACCGACCGAGCCGUCAAGCUGUGGGACGUCGGAGCGGGCUCGCUGACCCUCAGAGGGAAGCUGGAAGGCAGCACGGAGGGCAUCACCUGCAUCGAGUUCGACCCCACGGGGCCGAGGGUCCUCGCCGCCUCCUACGAUAAGUCGGCUUUGUUGUGGCGUCUAGACGACCCCAUUCCCAAGGUGACUCUGACAGGUCACAGCAGGAGGGUGACAGCAGCUCGCUUCAGUUUGAAUCUGCAGGUGGUGACGGGCAGCGCCGACAGAACCGUCCGACUGUGGGACCUUCAGAGAGCCUGCUGUGUGCAGGUGGUUGAGGUAGCGUCGUACUGCAGCGAUCUGAUCUGCUCUGGGUAUUGCAUCAUCAGCGGACACUAUGACGGCAAGAUCAGAGUCUGGGACACCAGGGCGGUGCGAUGCAUUCAGGAGCUUCCCGCCCGUGGGAAAGUCACUUCUCUGGACAUCAGCCCCGACCAUCGGCAGCUGCUCAGCUGUUGCCGUGACGACUGCCUCCAGCUGGUCGACCUGAGGGGGUGGAGCUACGAGCGCGUCUGCUUCAGAGCCGACGGGUUUAAAUGUGGCAGCGACAGCACAAAGGCUGUGAUCAGUCCAGACGGCUGCUUCCUCGCCGCCGGAUCAGCUGACGGUGCAGUUUACAUCUGGAACGUCUCAACCGGAAACCUAGAGACUCGCCUCCCCGACAAACACAGUUCGUCCAUCAGCGCCGUGUCCUGGUCUCCGUCGGGCGAAUACGUCGUCAGCGUGGACCUAAGUCGUCGGGCGGUCCUCUGGAGUGACCUCUGAAAAAGGUCACUCGCACCUUAACGAGGAAGAGGAUCUGUGUUUUAAUUAAGCUAUGGAUUGGAAAAGGGGUGUGGGACUUCCUGCUUUUUGUUGCCUUUUAUGAAAUAACUGCAGAGCAUUAAAACAAACAGCAACAUUAAAGAGAAGGUUUUUUAAAGGGUUACUACAAGGAGAUUAACCACGGUCUGAAAUACUGACGCUGCUAAAUGACGUAGAGAGGCAAACAGGACCACCAAACCAGUGGCUUUGUACUAUGUUUCUACCAGUAAUCUGAAUGACAGGGGCCCACAGCUCUUCCAUCAGGGGAAACGUGCUGCGGCAGCUGGAACGAUGCUAAUGUUAAAACACAAAUGUAUUUAUUCUAUUCACACAAAGGAACACAGUAAUCAUCUUGUAAUGAAUGGAUCACAGAGGAGGACGCAGCAGCUGGCGACCAAAUGGUUUUACAGAGGAAUUUAAAAUGAGACGGAACUCAAAUAAAGAAGCUAGCUGCGUGGGUUAGCUCCGGAUGCUAACAGGAGCGGCCCGGUUCUUCUCACGUGUGAUUUAUUUGGGGAAUAGUUUUUCCGUUUGGGUUUUGCUGAUUAAUAUUCAGCUUCAGGGAUUUUUAAAGGGAACUUGUUUUUGUUAAGUGGUUGUGUCAAACUGGAAUAGACAAACGGAGGGCUAAAACAACACUGUUGUUCACGUGAAUAUUAUGGGAUGUAAGCAGGUUUCAUUCAUUCUUUUGUAAACCAAUGUAACUGAUGUAUAAACUGUAAUAACAGCUGGGAUUCACCGCCCAUUUUUCACUCCUGUUCGGAUACUGUUAGCUCUUCCGGAUUGGCGCGAGCAGCGUCUCCAAAGAUACAUUAUAUUUGGAAAGAUUUAGAUUUACAAAAAGCACAAAGGUUCAGUUUUGUGGCGGUGGUGGCAAAGUGGUUAGGGGCUUGAUCUGGAAGGUCAUCAGUUCAAGUCCCCGAAAGACCAAGUGUACCGGGGUGUCCCCGAGCAAGGCACCGUUCCCUACACUUCUCCCGGGCGCCGUACAUAUGGCAGCCCACUGCUCCCAACACUGGGAUGUAACAUGUCCCCUCUGUGGGACCAGUAAGGGUUCUUCUUUUUAUGAAAGCCAGAAAGAACUGAGAGAUAACAUUUGUUCUCUAGAGAGAAAUGUGAUGUCCGUUAGCUCUGUGUAACGUUGGAUAGCUCGCUCGCGAUCGCCCUGUUUGACCCCGGAUUUACGUUUGAUCACAUAUACAUAUAAAAAGUAAAGGAUGGAUUUUUUCUCUGAACUCAUGAAAUAUUAGUACUGAAGAAUGUCUUUCAUAUAUUACUAAUGUUUUCAUUCUGUACCUGAUGAAUCAUUUCUAAUAAAAUGCUUUCUCACUUUCA